UAUGAUUUGAAAAGCUAUGGUGAUUUAUUGAUAUUUAUUCUGUUGUUGUGUUUCAUUAGAACUCAACUAAAUGAGUCGAUUAUAUGACAAUUAUGAACCAACAGUGAUUGAUAAACAGUUACUAAAUGAUGCUGUAUUUUCAUUAUUGCAAAAAAGAACUGUGAGCGAACUUGCUAAACAAGAUGGAAUCCAUUUUGAAAAUGUUACACACCCGAGAUUGGAUUAUAAAAUUUACUAGACAUCUUAAAAAUCGAUAACUUGUGGGCAUUUAAGUUACUUGUUAAGUUGCAGCUUGAUAAUAACAUCAUAGAACAAAUAGAAGGUAUCGGUCAUUUAACUCACGUUGGCUUGGUAAGAAUGUAAUUCGAUGGUGAAAUGUAAUUACUACUUUUAUAAUCACUCAGCUUUAUCAUUUAAUAAUAUUGAAAAAAUUGACGGCUUACAAAAUCUGGUAAAUUUAGAAGAUUUAACAUUGUACAAUAACCGAAUUACCACAUUAGAAAAUAUGGAAAAUUUGAAAAAAAUUACAAAUGUUUUCAAUUGGUAACAACUAUAUUACUGAAUUGUCUAAUAAAUCUACAGGUUAUGAAAAAUAUCAACUAGAAAUUGAUGAGAUUAUAAGUGAAGAAGAGACUCAAUUGAAAUUGAAUACAGAACUCGCUGAAAAUCAAGCUAAAAUAGAACUAUAUAAACAAGCAUUUAUUGAUGGCAUAGUUGAUGAAAAUAUUUUUCAAAAAUUAUUCACUGAUGAUCCUGAUGACAGAGAAUUAUUGGUAGUUCCUGAAUUGUACAACAGUAUUGAAUUCUUUUCAGAAAAAUUUACACAUCAAUGUAAAUUAGUAUUUGAACUUGGUAUAAAAGAACAUGAUAAACGUAAUAAAGAAAUAGAAUCAUUUCGAAAUUGUAUUGAACAAGCGAAAAUGGUAAAUGCUGAAUUAAGUAGAAAGAAAAUAAAUGAAUUUAAAUUAUAUCAGGAUAAAAUAUUUAGAGAAAUUUUAGAGAAUACUGAUUUGAUUAAAGUCGAAGAUGAUAUUUUAGAUUAUAAUGAGAAGGUGCAACAAUUAUGGAAUGAAUUAAUGAGAAAUGAAUCAAUUUUAGUUGAACAAAUUGAUGAAUUAAUUAAUGAAUUUGAAUUAAACUUAAAUGAUAUGAUUAGUACAUUUAUUGAAACUAUUGAAGAACAUUUCACGGAAUGUCGCGAAUUACAAACUCAGUAUCAUGAAAGGUUGACAGAUCUAUGCCCAGGUAUUUUAGAACGAUUUAUGCGUAGUGACUUCCAAAGCGAACCAUCAGAUGCUCUUUUAGCCUUACAGAUUUUUAUUGAUAAAGAAAGUGUAACGAAUGCACUAACAGCCAGUAACGAUGCUCAUUUACUUAAAAUUGAUGAAUUCGCGGAUGAAAUUAAUGAAAAAGCGAAAAAAUGGAUUAAAGAAACAAUUACUUCCAUAUAUUCCGGUGAAAAAUAUGAUCGAAACAGAGCAAGAGUAAUGGAAAUAAAUCAUUUUAUAGAUGCAUUAAGAAAUGACGUUGAAAAUUUAGAUAUACCUGCAUUAGGUGAAUCUUGAAUAUGCAUAAUAUGAUAUUCUUUGGGUAACUAUCUGGUAGUUUUGUCAUAAUAUAUAAAUUUAACUGUACUUAUUUAAAAUUAAUCUUGUUUUGAUUGGAGAGACUGAAUAAUCAAUUCACUAUUCAUUGAAUGAUAAGUAUUUAAAUUAUGUAUAAAUAAACACAGGCUGCUUCAUGUCAUUUACUAAUUACUUAUUGUUCUCAGUUGCUGCGAAACUGUAUAGUCCU